GCUGACAGCUGUCAAAAUAACGUCAGCUGGUUGAUGGUGAAUUUCGUCUUGACGAUUUAAUUGUUAUUAAUUUAUAUAAAUUCUCCUUUAAAUAAUUUUAUGACUCUCAUAAAUGGAGUCUAGUUAAGGUGGUGAACACUUGGAUCCUACGUUUCAUCUCUGAGCUAACACAGCUUUAAAAUGCCAGGGACUAACUUGAUAGUCCCAGUGGUGCUCUGGGGUAAAUAUGCGCCGACGCACUGCAUCUCGUCAGUGUACCUGUCUAGAGACCAGAAGACCCUGGUCACGGGGUGCUACGAUGGCCAGGUCUGCAUCUGGCAGGUAGAACCAGAGACUCUGAAGAUGACUCCGAGAUGCUUGCUCGUUGGUCACACGGCCCCUGUAACGUGUAUAUCGCGAGCUUCUAUCAUACAGGAUAACAACUUCAUAGUGACAUCGUCGGAGGCGGGCGAGAUGUGCACCUGGGACCUCGUGGACGGGAAGUGCCGGGAGAGUGUCAAGAUCACACAAGUGCACACUAAUAUACAGGCGUACCACAUGUGCAACAGCGAGGACCUGCGUCUGUUCUGCAACGGCUACUACGCGGAGAUCCUCAUCAUGGACCCGUUCUCGCUCGAGCUGAUGUUCUCUCUCAGCUCCAAGAUGAACCCGGACUGGAUAUCCGCGCUGCAUGUAUUGCGUCCAUCGUCCAGGAAAGAUGAUGUUGUGCUUGCUAUUUCUAUCACUGGUACCGUAAAGGUUUGGUCUCUCCUAGGCCACGAGAACAAGCAAUCCGAGCCGAUAUACGAGAACGAGUCGAAGCAGAUCCGCUGUCUCAACGCGCUCUCCCUCAACUGUUGUGCGCACAACCAGCGCACGGUUCUGAUAGUGUGUGCCAAGUACUGCCAGAUAUAUGAUGCAGGAGACUUCUCCGUCCUCUGUUCCAUCACGGCGCCGGCGGGCGAGCGCUGGAUGUCGGGCGACUUCAUGGCCACGGACCGAGUGCUCGUGUGGUCCACCGAGGGCAAGGGGUACUUGUACAAAUUGCCCGCCAACUCUGUCCCAGAUCAUAAGGGUUUCCACGGACCCACUGUCGCUCACGACAGUCCGGUGCUGUAUGGCAUGCUGGCUCACCCUGAUAACAAGUUACUCUCCUGCCCGCCGGCCAUGCGGCUAGUGGCGACAUCUAGCGGCGGCAAGCAGCGGCGGCUUCUACUGCGCGGGGACUCCCACGGGGUGGUGUCCCUGUGGAGCGUGGACGACAGCGCGCCGCUCACGCAGACUGUCCUCACGCACGCGCCGCUAGUGACGACGAGCCUGGACGCGGCGUGGGCGGCGAUGGCGCCGCGGCCCGUCGGCGUGCUGGACCAGAUGCACGCGCCUGAUGAACCCGAGAUCAAGCUAACAGCCUGCAUAUAUCUGCUAGCGGCUAACCGGCUGGUGGUCGGACGGGACGACGGGUCCAUCGUGAUUGUGAACGCGACUCACACCGUGCAACUGCACUUGCUGCAUGGGACGCAUCAGCAGCUGCAUGACUGGCCACCGCACCAGUUGCUUUUGGGGCAUAACGGAAGGGUCAACUGUCUGCUUUACCCGCAUCAUGUCCACCCGAGAUACGACAAGUCCUACCUAGUGUCCGGAGGAAUAGACUUCGCCGUGUGUCUCUGGGAGCUGUAUAGUGGGGUGCUAUUACACAGGUUCUGUGUGCAUGGAGGAGAGAUUACGCAGCUGUCUGUACCGCCGCCGGAUUGUUCUCCUCGCAUCCAAAAGUGCAUUUGUUCUGUGGCGUCGGACCACAGUGUUACUUUACUGAGUCUCUCAGAGCGGAAGUGCGUCACUCUCGCCUCCCGCCACCUGUUUCCGGUGGUGACGAUAAAAUGGCGCGCGGCGGAUGACUUCAUGGUGGUGGCGACGUGCGACGGCGCCGCGUAUGUGUGGCAGAUGGAGACCGCACAUCUGGAUAGAGUAUUAACUGGUAAAUAAUACA